UUGAUUAGGGCUUACGAUUCUACAGAGAGCUUAAAGUGUCGCUGGAGAGUUUUUUAUUAAGUGUAUUUAAUAAGUUGCUUCAAUUCCUGCUGAGUUUUAGUGGAAUCAACGUCUGAUUUUCGUACCAGCAGCUUCGACAACUCGACGACCUUGGCUUGGAAUAAAGAAAAUCCCAGUCACCUAUUAAAGCAAGAAGACCACGUCAAUCAACAUCGUAUCGCUAUUUGUUGCACCCGUUCUUUGGUAUAAUUGUCAUCAUUAGAAAGAAAAGACAGGAACCAAAGACAAUAGCUGACCCACCGGGCCAUCUCUACAGACAUUAAACGGAUGCUGCAUAACUAGUUUUGACAUUAAGCGAUCACACUGAGCGAUAAUCCACAGACCACGCAGCCAACAAACAUACAGACUUGCAUAGAUUCAGCCAUCGACGUGCGUACCAACGAGGAUUGAGUCAAGUGGCUUUGCGUAUCUCGUGGCCAUASAGCUCUUCAGAACUCUGAUAUACCUAUACAAUUAGCUUGGGCAUCAUAACUGGGCUAGACGUUGGACCGGCAGCAGUUCUUAACACUUGGAAACCACUAAUAGUCAUGAAAGGCGCACGGUUUACCUCGAUGUUUGUCUACAUUUGGCUUUCAUUAGUCCUCAUGCAAAGUGUAUCAGUUGAUGGUAAUUGCAAACAGAUCGUCCGCUACAUCAACCACUACACKGGCCUACAGUCCAGAAUACGACCCAAUAUCGAAGGAGAAUGGACCUCUUCGAGAUGCGAGGUUCGUCCAGGGCCAAAGUUUGUGACGCGUUACUUCAACAUCUUGCGCAACUCCACAUGGCAGGCCCGUUAUCACCACUACUCCGAUUAUCAGUGUACCAAGCCGAGCUUUACUUUACUCUUUAAAGGAUUCUACAAGAUGGGAAACAAGGCGUCGGUAUUGAUAGCGGGUUCUACAGAGACAAACUUUAACUACUCGUCGAUUACCAUUUACCCGCACACCGCGGAAGUCGAGAGGAGUAUCUUGAACGUGGCUAAACGAUCGUGCCAAAAUACGUUGACCAACAUCAAAACAGACCCCGGGAUUGGAGUCUAUUCCGCACAACUACAAGUCUUUAACAAAAAAAAUUGUAGGACAUCGUUUGGGAUCUCSAGGYACGAACUAUCGAUUGUCAAGAAAGACACACGAAGAGGAAAGGGCUCUGAGUAUGAUGUCUUGUAUUUCGGCGAAGUUCAAACUGGACGCAGCCGACGAAAAUACAAUCCGACGUCUUAUCAACUUCCCCUUAAGAGACACAACGCUCGCAACUGUACUGUGUGUAGGACGAUUAGAGGAUCAACAGCGGUGCACCCUCCGACUUUCCCGAAGAUUCGUCCCCGACCUGUCUUGCUAGACGACGCUUGGGGWAGCUGGACGUGCGAGACUCGACCYGGAGGCAGUUUCUUGACGCGUUAUAUGGURUUUCACUACAAGAGGCGCCAUUGGGAGGGCUACUUUAACUACUUCAUGGACCCAUACUGCAAGAGGCUAAUGUUUACGCUUUAUGGAAAAGGCGUAUUUUCGGGGGGAAGCCGGUCUACUAAGGUGAAGGGAGGAGAGGAUUAUGUAUUCACUCUUACCGAGGCUGCUCUCACACCGCAUGAUAGAGCSACUACUCGCGCGCUAAAUUCAGUCUCGCGUAACAACGAAUGUGGUAAAGAUGGUGAAUGGGUCACGGGUGUUGCUAUGGACAUCUCGCAGUCCAAAGGAUGUCGCAUGUAUGGAAUCAGCCUUCCGCACACCGAGUAUGAUUUACUCAAGAUGGACUUCAAUGAAAAUGGGGAUCGUGAGUUGUACGUGGGACAACGACCAACCAAUAAUAAGAGUCCAACYUCCCCUUCGACGCGCCCAACAUCGUACCAAAUCCCAAUGCUUAGGUGUUCUUCAUUUAACACGAACUUUGUUCCUCCUACUCCUGAACCAACUAAGAAGCCAUCGACUCGUUACCCUAAGCCUCCCGUUAUAAAUCCUAUACUAACUGUCCCGACGUUGAAGCGAGACGGAGAGAAGACCACACCUAAACGAAAAGGCAAGACUAGCAAAGGAACGAAGGGUUCAGGUGUGCAAGGCGUUGAAAUGGCUGAARCCGUAUCAAAUGAUGCGCGCUCUCUUAAGUCAAGCUUUUUCAGCUGUAUACCUCUAAUACUGGUGGCCAAGAUGCUCUAGUAAUAACAACGACUUUAUGGAAAUUACACAGAUAAAUGAUUGAGGUUCACAUUUAAAUAUAAAGUAAAUAUGAACCAGCAAUUCCUGUAGCUUUUGGGAGAGAAGGCGCUUUAUUUUGCGAUUUUUGGUUGAACGUUGACAUUGCUUGAAAGACUGUUUCUGCUGGGAGUUGAGCGCAUGCGUACCAAAGACAUUUGAAUUUCGAAAACCUGUCCUUUUACAGAUUUGGGAUUCUUUACGCACAGCAUCUGUUUUACGCAAAGGUUGGAGUUCGAAACUGAUGUGUACUUUUGCUAAAAUUAKACUUGAAUAAAUUAAUCCUACUGGACUUGUGAUUGGCCGACAAAUUAAAAUAAAAACAUUGCAAGAGGAUCAAGACAAGUAAAUGAUAAAGAUAUGCUUAGAAAAUCGAAAGAAUAGUUAUGUAAAAAAAUAAUUCGAUAAGUCCCGCGAGCGAAGCUAAAAGGGAAAUAUUGAACUAUAUGUACGAUAGAAUUUGUCAGAUGUAUUUUGUAAUAUAAGAAGAAAAUGAGAAAAAAGUYAUGUGUUUAAAAACACUGCUGAUCUUAGCGCGCAGGCUAUUUUUAUGUUUUUUUUUAAAUAACUUCACGACGAUCGUUGUGCAAAUUUGUCAUAGUUAUGUUGUAAAGUAAUGAGUAAAUUAUAACGUUUUUAAAUAAAGCUUAAAAGUCAGAUAAUGUA